AUGAGAACUUUCAUUUCCAGGGAUGUAGUUUUUCAUGAGAAAUUCUACCCAUUUGCUUCUAUUUCACACUCUUCUUCUACACCUACCCUACUUGCAACUCACUUGUCUUCUUCAUAUAUACCACUCCCUGAUACAUCCUCUUCUCACCUUCAUAGCACCAUAUCUCCAGGAUCUACACCUUCUCACCCUACUCCUGCUCCAUCCCCCCUUACUAUCCCAGUCUCAGCACCUCUUCCUUCUAGACAUAGUUCAAGUCCCUCUCCUCAGUCCAGCAGUCCUCCACCUCUCUUUUUUUCUCCUAGAACUAAACCUAUGACGGAGAAUCUAAUCAGAAAGUCUUCUAGACCUCACAUCACUCAAGCUUAUCUCAAAGAUUAUAUCUGCAAUGCCUUGCAACUCACAGAUGUGAGCAGCUCUUGCUUUCUCACACCUGCUGCACAUCAUCCAGGAUGGCAGGAGGAAAUGGCAAAGGAGAUUGAGGCACUAGAACACAAUCAAACCUGGGAAGUGGUAGAAUUACCACAAGGAAGGAAAGCUUUGCCAUGCAAGUGGGUUUAUAUAGUUAAGCAGCAUUCUGAUGGGAUAGUGGAGAGAUUGAAAGCAAGGUUAGUGAUAAGGGGGGACAUCCAGAAGGAAGGCAUUGAUUUUACUGAGACCUACUCACCGGUUGUUAAAAUGACCACAAUUAGGUGUAUUUUAGCUACUGCUGUUAAAAAGGGAUGGGGCCUUUAUCAGUUGGACAUAAAUAAUGUUUUUUAUACGCUACUCACCUUUUGUGACUCUGAUUGGGGGACUUGCCCGGAAUCUCGCCGGUCAGUGAGUGGAUUUUAUAUCUCCUUAGGUAUCUCCCCUAUUUCCUGGAAGUUCAAGAAGAAGUCUUCCAUCUCUCUCAGUUCUGUUGAAGCCGAAUAUCGUUCUAUGCGGCGUGUUGUCACCGAACUCACUUG